AUUUGUAGGACCCUCCAGCUCCAGUCAGCUGUGGUCUGUAUCGCCGAAACACCGCGACUGGAAGUGGGGUCACUGUACAAAUAGUACAUAGAGGAGCUAUAUACUAAAGUACAUUUCUUGGCGUUUUGCGAAUGGUCAACGAGUUGUAUAGUUCAAUCAGAGUGAACGCGGCUUUUGUCAUAUUUGUCCUAAUCCUUUUGAAGAAGGUCAAAACAAUAAUUUGAAAAACAAAAGGUCCGAUGCUGUUGCUCCGUGGUUCUCUCAUUUCUCAGGCAUUGACUUAGUGCUGUUGCGGGGUCUGUUGAAAACUGGGGUUUCAAUUCCGUGGCGCUUACUUAUUCCGACCCCAGUUCUACAUUGUUUCAGAAAAAAACGAUGUGCUGAAAUGACAUGUUUUUCUUUAUAGCAUAAAGUUUCCAACGAUCAGAAUAAUUUCUUAAAGGUGAUACACUGUAUAUUUUGUUUGAUUGGUCGUACCCAAGCCAAUCCUCGUGUAGGAUGCACCGAGCUGUAUACUGAACCGAAAAUUGUCUUUGUUCAACACUGCGAAGUUUCUAACUCAAACAAAGAUUAAAAAAGGAUUGCAAAAUGUCAACUCCGAGCAGGUUCAAAAAGGAUAAAGAAAUAAUUGCUGAAUACGAAAGUCAAGUUAAAGAGAUCCGUGCUCAGCUGGUGGAGCAGCAGAAAUGCCUGGAGCAGCAGACAGAGAUGAGGGUCCAGCUCCUGCAGGAUCUCCAAGACUUCUUCCGAAAGAAGUCUGAGAUCGAGAUGGAGUAUUCCCGUAAUCUGGAGAAGCUGGCUGAACGGUUCAUGGCCAAGACAAGAAGCACCAAGGACCAUCAGCAAUACAAAAGAGACCAAAACCUAUUGUCUCCUGUGAACUGCUGGUACUUAUUGCUGAACCAGGUGAGGCGAGAAAGCAAAGACCAUGCCACACUCAGCGACAUCUACCUGAACAACGUCAUCAUGCGCUUCAUGCAGAUCAGCGAGGACUCCACAAGACUCUUCAAAAAGAGUAAAGAGAUUACGUUCCAACUACAAGAGGAUUUAAUGAAGGUUCUCAAUGAGCUAUAUACAGUCAUGAAGACUUAUCACAUGUAUCACACGGAGAGCAUCAGUGCUGAGUGCAAGCUGAAGGAGGCUGAGAAGCAGGAGGAGAAGCAGAUUGGGAGGUCAGGAGAUCCCGUCUUCAGCAUCCGUCUGGAGGACAAGCACCAGAGACGCAGCUCUGUGAAGAAGAUUGAGAAGAUGAAGGAAAAGCGGCAAGCCAAAUACUCUGAAAACAAGCUGAAGUCUAUCAAAGCACGGAACGAAUACCUUCUAACUUUGGAAGCGACAAACUCUUCUGUUUUCAAGUACUACGUUCAUGACCUCUCUGAUUUAAUUGAUUGCUGCGAUCUGGGAUACCACGCCAGUCUGAACAGAGCUCUCCGCACCUUUCUGUCUGCUGAAUAUAACCUGGAGACCUCCCGGCAUGAGGGCCUGGAUAUCAUUGAGAAUGCAGUGGAGAACCUGGACCCCCGCAGCGACAGGCAGAGGUUCAUGGAGAUGUACCCCUCUGCUUUCUGCCCACCCAUCAAGUUUGAGUUCCAGUCUCACAUGGGGGAUGAGGUUUGUCAGGUCAGUGCCCAGCAACCCAUACAGGCAGAGCUAAUGCUGAGAUUCCAGCAGUUACAAUCCCGGCUGACUACUCUCAAAAUCGAGAAUGAGGAGGUUAAGAAAACCACCGAAGCCACACUUCAGACAAUACAAGAUAUGGUGACCAUUGAGGACUACGACGUGUCUGAGUGUUUCCAGCACAGCCGCUCCACUGAGUCUGUGAAAUCAACCGUGUCCGACACGUACCUCAGCAAGCCCAGCAUCGCCAAGAGAAGGGCGAACCAGCAAGAGACGGAACAGUUCUAUUUCAUGAAAUUUAAAGAAUUUCUGGAGGGAAGCAAUCUCAUCACGAAGCUGCAGGCAAAGCACGACUUACUGAAAAGGACACUCGGAGAAGGUUACAGAGCAGAGUACAUGACAACCAGGCCUCCAAAUGUUCCCCCCAAACCCCAGAAACAGAGGAAGCCUAGGCCACGCUCCCUGUUUAAUGCUAAGUUGUUUAAUGGGAACUUGGAAUCCUUUGUCAAGGAUUCGGGACAGGUUAUUCCUCGGGUGGUUGAAAGCUGUAUCCGAUUUAUCAACCUUUAUGGUCUGCAGCACCAAGGGAUUUUCCGAGUGUCAGGGUCACAAGUGGAAGUCAAUGAUAUUAAAAAUUCGUUUGAGAGAGGUAACGAUCCAUUGACAGAUGAUGAAAAUAACCAUGAUAUUAACUCAGUGGCUGGAGUCCUGAAGCUCUAUUUCAGAUGUCUGGAAAACCCACUCUUUCCCAAGGAAAGAUUUCAUGAUCUAAUUUCCUGUAUCAGAAUAGAAAAUCUCUAUGAGAGGGCUCUCUACAUCCGCAAACUUCUCAUUACACUGCCGAGGUCUGUCCUCAUAGUGAUGAGAUACCUGUUUUCCUUCCUUAAUCACUUGUCGCAGUACAGUGAUGAAAACAUGAUGGACCCCUAUAAUUUGGCAAUUUGUUUUGGUCCCACUUUGAUGCCCGUGCCAGACAUUCAAGAUCAGGUCUCUUGCCAGGCGCAUGUGAAUGAAAUUGUCAAAACCAUCAUCAUUCACCAUGAGAUAAUUUACCCCGAUUCCAAGGAGCUGGAUGGUCCUGUGUAUGAGAAGUGUAUGGCUGGGGACGACUACUGCGAUAGUCCCUACAGUGAACACGGCACCUUAGAGGAGGUUGAUCAGGAUGCCAGUACAGAGCCCCACACCAGUGAAGAUGAAUGUGAGCCCAUUGAAGCCAUAGCCAAGUUCGAUUACAUUGGCAGGUCUGCUCGAGAGCUGUCCUUCAAAAAGGGAGCCUCCCUGCUACUCUAUCGCCGUGCUUCUGACGACUGGUGGGAAGGCAGACAUAAUGGGAUUGAUGGAUUGGUGCCACAUCAGUACAUAGUGGUUCAGGAUACCGAUGAUACAUUUUCAGAUACAUUGAGCCUGAAAGCUGACAGUGAAGCCAGCAGUGGACCAUUGAGCGAAGACAAGUGUUUGUCGAAUGAAAUCAGCUCCCCGCCUGACAGGCAUCCUGAGGCCUAUGUUGGCAGACACAGAAAGAGGACAGAGCCUCCCCCACCACGCCGCUCCACGGGCCGCUCCAGCGAGGGUCACUGCAUGAUGCAUCCGCCUCACCCCAUGCUGAACACCUCUUUGGAGAUGGGCUCCCCCAACAUGGGUAACCAUGGCAGCCACGGCAGCCAUCACAGCCCGCGCUCCCUGCUGCACAACCGCAACCUGCCUGUAGACAGCCCUGAGAGGAGGCGCCGCGCCGGACCAGGCAGCAUCACUAACAUCAGCCGCCACGACUCCCUCAAGAAGAUGGAGAGCCCUCCCAUCCGCAGGUCCACCUCUUCAGGGCAGUACCCCGGAUUCAGUGAGCAGCACAAACCCCUAGACCCAGAGAGCAUUGCUCAGGAUAUCGAGGAGACGAUGAACACAGCCCUGAAUGAGUUGCGGGAGCUGGAACGCCAGAGCACAGCCAAACACGCCCCUGAUGUAGUGCUGGACACCCUGGAGCAGAUGAAGAACGCGCCCACCCCGGCCACCUCCACCGAGUCCCUGAGCCCACUCCACAACAUCAUGCUGAUGACCAGUGAGCCGCCAAUGCGCCGCAGCACCAGCUCCUCCAGCGACACCAUGAGCACCUUCAAACCCAUGGUGGCCCCGCGCAUGGGAGUCCAGCUGAAACCCCCAGCCUUGAGACCGAAACCAAUGGUUCUUCCUAAGACUAACCCCAGUCAUGGACCUCCCGCCGCUGGCCCAGGUCCUACAGACAAGUCAUGCACAAUGUGAAUCUGAAGGUUACGCCUGCACAGUAAAAUGCAGGGACGAUUAAAUACAACUAACUAAAAAAUGAAAUAAAUGAAUAAAAAGGAUCCACAGCGUGGUCAAAACUAAAUGGGGUAUUAAGAUAAAUAUUGUUAGUUAUGUGUUUGUAAGCUGGCUAUGUAUUCUUUGAGUGUUAGAAAGUAAAUGUCUCCAAUUAGCUGCAUUUAAUAACAAAGGGCAUUUUUACAUGCCUCUGUAAAAACUGGAUUAUCAUACAGUAUUAUUUGAGGCCAAUAACAAACACCACAUAGACUUGAAAUAAAAAUAAAUAAAUAAAUAAAAAGCCUGUAUGCUGUACCGCUAGAUUCUAAAGGAAAAAAAAGGCAAACAAAAGCAACACAAAUCACAAAGGCUUCCCAUAUUGUAAAAACAUUCAAAAGCUUGCAUUUCAAAUAAGUGUUAUUUUACAACUUCCUGUGAGGGACUAUGGAAGUCUUUGUUGAUUUUUGAAGGCGGACAUUCUCUUUCUCUGUUCAACACGGUUGUUUUUGUGUUACAUUCUUCAGGCCUUACUGCCAGGUAGAAACUAUAGCUCUAUCCUUACUGAUAACCACUGCUUAAAGCUGCUGUAUUCAUGUCAGGUGUUUACAUAGGCCAAGAAACAAAGGUGCGACCGUCAGGAGAGGAAGCGCUCACUUUAAACUCUCCCUUUUAAUUCAGCAGCAAACAGACCCACUGGUUUGGGUCCUACUGCCAAUAGAAAAAGCCUUUUCAUUUAAGUGGUACUUCUACUUUUUAUUUAGUCAAAGCAAGCCAUACAACAUAGUCUCGGGGGUGGUGACACAACAUUAAGGGUCUCUCAUAAGGGACCCUACCUUUGCUACAAUUUUUUCCCCUCUAACAAAAGACACAUUCAGCUGUUUGAGGGUACCUCUGGCACAUGCUAAAUGUUUUUUUUUCUCUCCUGUAUUUGCCAUGUUCUGAUAAUUUCUAGAACAUUCUUUGGUUGUCAGUAUAACCCCUGUGUGUAAACCAGCUACCCUUCCCAUCCCAAGCCCAAAGUAACAUACACACAAUACUGUAUGUUUAAAAGAAGUAAUAUAUUAAACUAGUAGUCAAUGACUGCUGGUUUUAUACCAGGUCAUUUUGUCCAGAGCCAUUUCAGGGGCAGCAAUUCAAGUGCUAGGCACUGUUCUGUCUAAUUCUGAAACCUCCCUUAAACCUGCCCUGUGCCUAUGAAUGUACAAAUCUACUUUGCAUUUUGUUGUCUUGUUUGUAUUAAUUAAAUGCCUGUUAACUCAACUGAAUGAUAAUUAUUUUCUCUAGCAGGUGGAAAACUACACAGAGCUGUUUGUUUUUAGUUCGUUUUUUUUUUGUUUUUAGAUAGUGUUUUUUUUUUUUUUUUUUUACAGUAAAUCCCGGUGGAUAUUAAAGUGCUAAAACCUCUUUAUUCAUUUAUACGUGCCACUUUCCACUCAAGUACAGCCUCAAAAAUAAAAUAAAAAGACAGAUUGAAAGUAAAAAACAUGUGCCAGGAAAAUCUGGCCCACACUCUUUCUGAAGGUGACGUAAUGAGCCUAUGUCAUCAAAAUAGAUACCACACCUUUAAAAUUGCACAAUUUUGUGUGUAUUUAAAUAGCGAUAAAUACAGUACUGGACUGCAUAAUGCUUAUAUAAAAUGCUGUUUACAGAGAUUAUAAUAAUCAUUAGAAAUUAUACAUUUUAGUGGAUGGCCAUUAGAUGCAUUUGUGUAAGUAAAUAGUAGUUUGAUGGUUCUAUGUAUAUUUUAAGUACAGUGAAAAAAGUGGACAUGUAAUAGGGAAGACUAAUACAACUGCAGACGUACUAAGUGGUACCUCCCGCGCACAUCUAAUACUGUACUAAUACUGUAUUACUGUAAUUUGGCUAAACCUCAGUGCUGGUAGUUUCCUGCGUUUUGACUGUUACCUUAUUGUGUCAAUGUACAUCUGUAGUAUGUACAUGUGAAAGUGCCUUUAAAAUUUUAGAGGAACUUCAGACUUUGUUCUGUACUGUUGCGUUUCCAUUUCAAUCCAUACAUUAAUGAACAAGUAGAAAAUAAAUAUAUACAUAAAUAAAUAAAACGAAGUGUAAUAGUGUACAGUUCUGGAAAAUGUACUGUUAAUCCAUGUGACACUGCACUUUUAUGUAUAGUACUGUACAUUUUGGCAUGUAGCAUUAAAAAAAAAAGUUUCAGUACACUUUGAGGUUUGUUCCUCUUAGUGUAUCUUUUUAAUAAAGGAAAUUGUUCUGUCA